AGGUACAGCUUCUCUUCUUAUGUAGUCAAGCAGUUAAUAAAAUUAGUGCAGGACUUGACACCAUUCAAAGAGAAUGUAUUUCAUACUGGCAGCUAAUGUGGUCUAUAAAAAUAACAAUGGUUAAAACCUCUCUGCCAGAAAGAGUGUGUUACAGAUGAGCACUUACUGCUCUAUGAAAACAUGAGAAACAUGAUGUUGUCUUCUAUCCAAGUUGUAAGUCACUAACGAGAUUUUUUUACCUAACUGGAUUUGCUCAAGUUUUGCAAAUAACACUUUCCAAGAAGUCUGUCUGAACUGAGCAUGCUUGGUUGCUUCCAGGUUAACAAGCCUGUGUGCAUACCUUAGUGCAAAGACUCGCUUGUGCCAAAAGGAUUGCUGUCUGCUUCCCUUUCUCAUGUAGGCUGUUUGCAGGAGGCUGCUAUUUUGUAGAAUCCUUGUAACUGUCCGAUGCAUUUCUCUUAACUUUCUUGCUUCCUGUAUUUUCUAGAUUGUCCUGCUGGAACUGAUGCCAUUAUCCAUACUUGAUGCCCACUGGUAGACACUUGCUCUCCUGCAUGCAUACAACCAGAGCAAAUGCAUAAAUGUAGAAGGAUCAAAUGUGCUUAUUUUACCAGUGACUGCCAGUGAUUCUGACUUCAAAACUAGAUGUGCUGUUUUAAUGAUAGUGAUGUACUACUUUAUCUUCAACUCUUAAGACUGUUCUGCAUGUGCUCAGAGGACUUCGAGAGAAAUUCGCACUUUCACUGAAGCCCUUUUUCUUGAGACAUCUGCUUCAGUCUCUUGUUUCUCAGAUUGGAUUUACUUUAUCAGGCACAGUGAACAGUGCAGCUGAAGCAUCUAGCACUCAUGAGGGUAAAGCAGAAUGAAAGGUUGGAAGGAAUAAAGGAGAAACACUGUGUAUUGAUUUGAGUCAUAGGUGGGCCUGGCAGUGAUUCAUGUUAAAUGGGGGCUAAAUUGGGAGUAGCAGAUUGGAAAAGAAUGUAGGAGCUAUUUGCAAAUGGGUAUCUACAGUAUGAGCACUUGCACUUUAUUUAUAGGCAUUACAUCUGCUGCAAAUGCCACAUAACAUGAUUUGGACUGCUGCUUUACUCCUUUCUCUUGUGCUUAGAAGGGCUUCAAAGACAUACUGGGAGAAAGAGGAAAAAGAUGGUGAAUCCUUCUAUUUCUUUUCUGCAUCCUUCUUUCUUAUUGGCCCUUCACAUUAAUAACUUCUAUUAGCAUUACAGAGAGUGCUCUUCAUAAGCCAAGAACCCUGGAGGCCAAAAACUGUUGGAGUAGAAGGAAAAAAAACCAAACCUGCCGUAAAAUGUUUCUUAAACUUUAAUAUGGAACCUCAGUAGAGAAAACUUCGUGAUAGAAAGUUGCACUGUGACAUAGAUAAAAACUGGCACAGGGAGAGUCUCUUCCCCCUAUUAAAAUGGAGUGGUCCUCAAUUAACUCCUUGUAACAGACUGUGAAUCCUGAUCUAAGUCCUUUGCUUUUGGGAGAGCUUGGUCUGAGUGGUGGCUUUUUAAACUGAGUUUUGGCUUGGUUUGUCUCCUUCCCAAGUUUGAUAAACCAUAACUGCAUUUCCUAGGAAGGGCAGAGCUGGAGGUCCAGUCUUACAGUACCCAGGACUUGCCCAGGGACUUUGAGGGUUCUGUACCUGCUACUUGCAUGCAGUAAAACACAGUAUUUGUUCUGUUUGUUUUAACUGACUCUAGGUGUUUUGUUUCAGGCCCAGGGCAGGUCUUGCAUUAUUUAAAACCUAAGCCGAAAGUAAACUGCUUAAUGUAAUUAGCACAUCCUAAUAAGGUAAGCUUGUUUUGUCUAGUGUUUCACAGGAAGAUUGAUGGGCUGAGGGAAGAGCUACGCCUGGAGACCAGCCUGACUGACUGACAUUGAAGCAAGCGCAGAGUCGUGCGCUGACCUUGAGUAACGGUGUCCGAGAGCUGCGCUUACCUCCAGCCAGCCCUGGCUCAGGAUAGGGGAAAGGCCUGCAGUGGCUGGGUGUCAUCCCACUUGUGCUUCGACUGGGCCCAGUGCUGCGCUGGUAGGCGUUAGCGUUCCCUGGACGCCUCUCGGGUUCAGUUUGAGGUAUAAACGCUGUUUUUGACCGUUCUCCUUGAGCAAAUGUAGCGGUAGGUCCGGGACGAGGCGCUGACCCCCUUAGCCCUCGCUAGACUACGCGUCCCAAGAGCCACCGCGGCCUUCCGUCACGUGGCCGCAGUUAGCGGCCGGGGAGUUGCAUCCGGGUCCUUCUCCGCGCACGCUCUGCCUGCCCGCGUCCUAACGACCGCAACAAGCGACAGCAGCGCGCCCGGCCCGGCGGACGCCCGCCCCCGGCGGCUCCCGAAGCACCGCCCCUCCAGGGAGCUGAUUGGGAGACCCGCAUGAGAACGGGCGUCGCAUUGGCCCGUAGGAGGCUGCCCGGGGGGGAUGUCAUGAGGGAGAGGUGAGAAAUCCUAGAAAUGAACAGCGAUGCACCACACCCGUCCUCAAAGCUGACUUGGCUGGAAGUGGAAUGUAGUUUUCUGACAGAUCUCCUUACAAGAAAAUUGUAAAUCCUUUGUAAUGGCCAACAAGAAAAAGCCUCCUUUUUUCAAUGAAGAUAAUAUGGGACCGUUUCACUACAAGCUUCCUUUUUAUGAAACUAUGGAGCUCUUCAUUGAAACACUUACAGGAACAUGCUUUGAACUGCGAGUUUCCCCCUUUGAAACGGUUAUUUCUGUGAAAGCUAAAAUUCAAAGACUGGAAGGUAUUCCUGUCUCUCAGCAGCACUUAAUUUGGAAUAAUACAGAACUGAGGGAUGACUAUUGUUUGAAUGAUUAUAACAUUUCGGAAGGCUGCACUCUGAAAUUAGUUCUGGCUAUGCGAGGUGGACCUAUUAACACUAGAAGAGUUUCUGUGGAAGACCCUAUCAGGGAAAUGGCUGAAUACAUGGAUCCCACUAGAGAUGAGAUCUGGGAGAAAGGGGCAUCCAACAAACAAGUUACCUUCUUAGUAUAUCGAGAAGGAGAUCAGUUGAAUUUCUUCCGUGUGGUAGACCGGGGAGAUGGCACUUUAACACCAUUAUCUGAGUCUUUGGGUGGUGGUUCAAUUUAUAACUUAUAUGCGGAUGAUGAAGAUGAGACAGAGGCAUCACCUUCUGGCCAACAGAUUAUUGAGAAUUCAAUUACUAUGAAUAAAAUGAAACUGCUGAAGGCAAAGAUGGAGAACAUGAAUCUGAGUAAAAAGCCUAAGAAAACUGUCAAGGUGAAAUCUCGUCCUCCAGUGGCUCCUCGACCAUCUAGUGGCUCAGUGGCUGCUGCUCGUCACCGUUUUUUAAGAGUGCUCCCCCAUAUUGGACAGUCCUGCCUACCUCCUCCUGGGAAUUCAUAUCACUCAGAGUCUUCCCAAAAUGCACUUUCAGCAUUGGCUACUUUGGCCACUGCUGGUAGAACGAUGCCAUCUGCAGCUAAUGACUUUCUUAAGGAAGAUGACACCUGGCAGAGCAACUCAUGGUCACAGUCACUUAGUAGCAUCAGGUUACCACCAAAAAUAUCUCGUGUUGAACUAGAAAAUGCAAAGCUACCUACUAAUAGUAUUUUGACCCCUGUUUCAUCUCCGUGUGAAAAUUCAGAAAAAGCAUCUGAAAAUGUGACCUCAGCAAGUGAAGAGGAUGCUGUUUUGUUUCCGAAUCUCACAAAUAUAGAACUAUAUGAAACAGAAGAAAAACUUCUACCUGAAACAGAUACUUUUGCUUUGUUAACAGAAGAAAGCACCACUGAACAGUGUAGUGAGAUAUAUGACAUAGGAAAGGUGAACCAAGAACUUGAACUGCCUGAUGGAGAUGAAGAAUCUAAGGUUGUAGAGCAGCAUAGAAAACCUAUUAGCAAAGUGCUGAGCACUACAGCAGUGGGGUCUGGUCUUCUCCAUACUCAUGAAUUAAGUCCUCAAAAAAAUCUGCUUUUGUCACCUCUUCGGUAUUCAGCACAAAUGGCAUGUCACAGUUCUCUGAAACCGCAAGCACAACCCAAAUGCUUUGAGGCUGGUAACUUGAGAUCUACAGCCUCCCCAAACAUGCUUCGAUCAUUGGAAGUCCGCAGUUUAGCAGACUCCUCUUUUUCUAGGACUGCUAGAUUUUGUAGCAUGAAAGUAGAGUCACUUGGCAAAAGACCUGACGUAGUUUCUAAAGCAGAGGCUAGGGACCUCACAGAUGUGGCUGACAAGGCAUCCAGAGAAGCUGUGAGUUCUGUAACUAACUUAGGAUUUCUGGCUUCACUGGCUCGAAGCACAAACAGGGAAAGUAUACAGAGUUCCUGUGGGACAGGCAGGUUUUGGACUUCUGGUAUUGCAUUACCUGCAAACCUGCAGCAUUGUCAGGAAGAAAGCUUUAGGAAAGCUACUCCUCCAAAUGAAGCUGCUGAAUAUAUUCUAUCUGCGCAUGGGCUUGGAAUGAAUGGAAGUAUUGCAGCUGUAGGGAGAAGAGUAGCAGGUGAAGCAACCCAUCUUCCACCUGUGAAUGGCUCAAUUCAAGCGAAAAAGAAAAUUACAAAGCAUUGCUUUCUUUGUGGCAAGAAAACUGGAUUGGCAACCACCUAUGAGUGCAGAAGAGAGCAAUUGUUUGAAAAGGAGGGCUCUGUCUCAACCAUGACAUGUGCCCAAAGGCCACGAGAUGCAAAUGGAGAGCCCAGUCUGAGAGAAGAUUUGGGAUAAACCAGACAAAUGUGCAAAAUUGAGUAAAAAAACCUAUGUAUUUCUAAUGAUUCUUAGGCUAUUAAGAGUCUGGCUUAGAUCUAUUUUAUAUUCCUAGCCUGUCUUAUUUCCUAAUUAGUGAAAAGUGGAUUCCUUUACUUAUCAGGUAGCCUUUUCAAGCAGAGUAUUUCAGGAAGCUGGUCUUUGUCCUCCCCCAUUGCUUUGUUCACAGUUGGUUGGAUGCUUGACUUAUUUUUCCUCUUAGGGGAAAUCCACUACUCCACUUAUUGGAAUUUACAACCACAGAUUAAGGAACAGGUCCUCUACUUUAGCUCUUUAGACCUCCUGAGAUCCUACAGGAUUUUUCGUGGUAGAUCCUUCCAUCUGAUAAGUUUCACUAAGAUGGUUGUGUGAUGAAAGAACAGGUUGUGCUUCAGAGCCUUUCCAGUCUUCCAAGAAGGAUGUGUCAGAUUUUCUGUGUAUUUCUCUCCCAAAAGAUGAAACCAUGUCAUCCAGCCACAUGUGGAUUGACUCCCUGAGCCAAGUUCUUCCCUGCAGCUAAUUCCAUGAAUUAAAAAAACCCAAACAUAGCUUCUCUUGGGACUACUGCUACAUCUUACUAGAAAGACUCAAAGGCAAUUUUUCAAAGCCAUCAAAAGGAAUGCACUGUUUAAUAAAACUGCAGAAUACAGCAUGCACCUUGCUUUACCAAUGUGUCUAUAGCUUAGGUUCUGUCUAUUGCAGCCAUUCCUCUCUACCACUCACACACACUAGAAUAAGCCAGUAUGUUUGGGUUUCUUGUUAAUGAAACUAUGUAAUUUUUUUCUUGAUGUUGUUUUAUGGCCACUGCAUGCAUAUUUCUUG